CGGGCACCGGGUCAUCAGGCACGACAGCGGGUUCUGAGUCAACUGGCAUGACCCGCGGGCACUGGGUCAGACAUUGGAUCAUCUGGCUCGACAGCGGGCAUCGGGUCACCAGGCAUCAGCGGGCACCGCGUCAUCUGGCAAGGCAGUGGGCACCGAGUCACCAGGCACGACAGUGGGCUCUGAGUCAACUGGCACGACAGCAGGCACCGGGUCAUCAGGUACCGGAUCGUCUGGCUCGACAGCAGGCACCGGGUCAUCUGGCGCUGGAUCGUCUGGCUCGACAG